AUGAACAUUAGCUUUGAGCAGGUGGUUCAGCACAUUGAGACAUUGUAUUCUACUAGGGACCCAGACGUGGUAAACCGGAUUCAGAAUGAGCUACAGGAGCUACAGAGGUCGGGGGACGGAUACCAGGUUGCAGGAAUGCUAAUGAAGCAUUCGUCGAGGAAUUGUCAGUUUUUUGGAGCGUUGACAUAUGCGGUGGUGAUAAACAGCAUGGGCCCUAAAUUGGAAAUUGACAAGCUAGAGGUUUUAGUGAGGGAAAUGGAGGGCCAUAUAUGCGCUAUUGUGAGACUGGGGGAGACGGAGGCCAAUAUGUUCAUUAUACGGAAGUUGUUUUCGAACUUGUCGUUGGUGUUCAUCAGCAACCACGAGACGUAUUCCAAUCCGGUAGAAUCGUUGCUUCGGUCGCUAUGUGGGAGCACAGAUCUCGCACAGGUCGUCGGAGGCUUACAAGAUAUGCAGUUGAUGGUGUUAGUGAUGUUCUCAUCGGUUAUUGUGGAGGAUAUCUCCAAGCAGGAAAGAUCUGCCGAGAUUCAUGCGGUGGUGGAAAGCGAGUUAUACAGGGACCUCAUUAUAAUAUACGACUUUUUGAACAGCACUUCGAGGAGUGUGGCGAUUGACUCGUUGGCCUUAGACUGCUUAAAUUCGUGGGUGACGUAUAUUUCAGUUGCAGAAUGCAACUCUCAGGUGCGAUACACAUCAGUGGAGACGUUAAUUACGUUCCUUUUCAACCAUUUCCUGACCCAGCAGAACCCUGCAGAUGAUGAAGUUCUUAAGCUUAUAAAUAAGGCGGUGGGAGUGGUGACAGAAAUCCUUGAAAUCAAUCCUCGCAUGCUAACACCGGAAAUGAAAUCGUACUUGGACAAUUUGUUAUUUGAAUCGCAAAAUUGGGGGGCAUAUUACAUUGACACGAUAAUAUUGGGGGAAGCUAGAGAGAUGUACCUGGAAGAGAUUGAUUCAUUUAUCAACUUAUUAAUAACGUUUUUACAGAAUGAUAUCUUGAAACUAUCCAAAUCAAUAAUGCAUACAAACGUGCAAUAUAAAAUCAAAACUUUGGUUAGCUUGACUAAUUUUCCUGGGACUCCAAUUGAAGAUGAAUCAGUCAGUGACCAGUUUCUCGCAUUCUGGGAGGAGUUUAUAAAUAUUUAUGUUGAUGACAUUGAUACUUUUGAAGCCAUAUUUUUGAACGCUCCGAAUGAUAGGCAAAGCUUUUUCUCCAAGAGAGAUGAAAUAAUCAACGACGUGUGUUCAAUUUAUUGGAAUAAAAUACACCUACCCGAAUUGAACGUUUUGGAAGCAAAUAAACUGGAAUUCCUUCACUAUAGAACUGGUGUAUCAGAUUUAUUCAUUGCUGGAUACUCAUUAUUGAGUGUUCCGUUUUACGAAAAAUUAACACAUAGUAUUACCGUUAAUAUUUUAGAAACUGAUGAAAAUCCUACGAAGAUCAUCGAUAUCGAAAGUACAUUGUAUUUAUUAUUCAAAAUUACUGAAGAUUGCACGUUCUACGAGUCUCAAAGCUCUAUACUAAUACCAUAUGUCGAUUCGCUUUUUGAAUCUAGGUUACUUGACGUCAUUAAAUUAUACACGGCAGGGGAAGGGAUUUAUAGAUACGUUUAUUCGACGUUUGUCAACUUUUUAUCAAGUAUUCAGUUCUAUCUUAAGGGAGAGCGUGGUUCACGCUACUUAGGCACUAUUUUUGAUUUAUUAUUCUCUAUUGUUUUGGAUGGUCCUCAAUCGUUGUCACUCAAUACAUCUAGAACUAUAUUGAAAAUAUGUCAAGAAUGCAGAGAAAGUUUGACAUCAUUCUUACCGAACUUGGAAGUAUUGUUGGUCGAGAUGUUGAAAAAUCUAUCGGUAGACGGACUAAUAAGACAAAGGAUGUUCAAUGCGUAUACAUCUAUCGCCCAAUGCUUAAAGGAGCCUUCAAAAUUCAGUGACAUAUUGAAAAGAAUGAUUACUGCUAUUCACAAUAGGGCUUUAGAAGUUAUGAAUAGUCUGCCACAGCUAAAUGAAAAUGAAGAAGAUUAUCUUCUUUCACUAUUAUCAUGCGUUUGCGAGGUUGGCAGAGCUUGUGAAAUACCCGAGGAAGUAGAUGACUUCUAUAAUGAAGAGCAGAAGUUUCUUGUUAACCAAUAUUGGAUUGAAGAUCCUAUGCAAGUAAAGGAUUUGAAUUUGAGUAUCGUGAAGACUUAUUUAUUGAAUUAUGCUCCAAUCAUUAAUAACACUACAUGUACUGAAAAAUGCUGUCUUAUAUUAAAAGCAGGAAUUAGAGAACCUAUAGAGGGUCCUUUUAAAUUUCCCAUGGAUACUAUUUUUAACUUCAUUCUGGCUAAAAUUGACAACUGCAAUAUUGACUCUGUCCCUUAUUUAUAUGGUCUCAUAGAAACUGUCGUUAUUGUGAACCACAAGUUUUUGGAUCAAGAAAUAGUAGGUCAAUUGGUCAAAAGAGUGUUCACUGAUCACAUUGAUUUUCUAAAAUCAGAUCCUUACACAAUUAAUUCUGCAAUUGAACUAUUUGCUACAAUAUUAGAAAGGAACCCAUCCUUAAUUGUCAGCUUACCUGUAUUCGAGAAUGUUAUUGUUGGGUUUGCGAUAGAUGGAUUAAAAGCUCAUGAAGCAUUUAUUAUUAAAUCAAUCCUGAAGUUCUGGGUUGCAUUAAUUGCAUUGAAAAAAGGCACGAAAGAGAAUCAAGAUUUCAUCAGGAGUAUGAUGGUGAAUACAAACUUGGGUACUCUUUUUGUAUUCGAUUUACUCAAAGCAUUUCUAGGAACACCAAGGUCAAACCUAGAUCAUUAUUAUCCUAUAUUUAGAAACCUUAUUACUAAAUACCCAAUUGAGUUAAAGAAAUGGUUACAGGUAGCCUUUAGAGAAUUGAAGAAUAGCAAGUUGGAUGAGAAAAAUAUAGAUGCAUUGAUUAGUAGGAUCAUGGCAACAAGAGGUCAACGGUCAGCGAACGAUAUCUUGAAAAAAAUUUGGUUGCAAUUAAACGGAUUAAUAGAAUUUAAUAGUCGGAGUUUUUAA